AUGCCGCACAGAGUGGAGUUCACACCUCAACAGCUCAAUGAUCUGACCAGAGGGGGGAUUGAAAAACAUAUUGGUUUAUAUCUAGGUCCAAUAGUUUUAGGCUUCGCCUUCGAUUCAAUGCUGUUAGGAUGUAUAAUCCAACAACUCAUCUGGAAUGUCAUUUGGACUCCUUCCGAUCGACUAUUCAAUAAGAUCAUCUUAUAUUCCGUUGUAUUACUUUCAGUUGCAACCACAAUAUUCAAUGAUUGUUUCUUUUUUCAUGCUUUUGCUAGUGGAUUUGGGAAUUGGUAUAGGUUGAUUCAAUUAGAUUAUAUUAGAUGGCACCCCAUAUUAGACUGUGUGACCGUUACUCUCGUCCAUAUAUUCUAUCUCGAAAGAGGGUAUCAGCUUCAUGGCAGAUCUAAAUGGGUACCUAUCAUCGUACUACCCUUCCUCCUCGCAGAUAUAGGAGGUGCGAUAGGUGGUACUGUCAUGCUCUUCAAAAUACCCGAUACGUAUGAUCUGAUUACAAUCAAACCAUUCUUCUACACCUGGAUUGGAGGCACUCUAGUAGUGGAUCUGUUGAUCACUUCAAUCAUAUUUCAUAAGCUCAUCAAGUCACGUACCGGUUGGUCAGAUACGGAUUUAAUGAUUAACAAGUUGAUCACCAUUUCGGUCGAAACUCAAUUACCUUCGUUAGUAGUGGCUAUAGCGUUUAUGGUUUCGUAUGGAUUGAAAGCGAACGCAGGAUUGAAUGUAUUUUUCGAACUAUUUCACCCCAAAGUCCACGUCGUGGGUUUGUUGACUGUAUUGAAUUCACGAAACAAGUUGAGAAACCAGCUGAACGGUACUUCCAAUGUUAAGGAAAACAAUUAUAUUGGUAAGGAAGAUAAAGAUAGAUCUUCAAAGUUCAAACCGAAAUCGAAAUCCAAAUCGAAAUCUGGUGAUCAAGAUAUAGAAAACGAUAUAAAUUAUAAUCCUACUCAACUUACUAUCAUCUUUGAAGACGAAUUGAUAGUCCCCCAUCUUGGAACAAGAAUAGAAUCUUCUUCUGGAUCACCUUCCGAUGACAUCACUACUGAUCCCAGAAAGAGUCAAGAUGAAACUGAUACUCCAUCGGUAGAUGGAGGGUCGGACGUGAAAGAUCAAGGAGAUUUUAGCGCAGGAGUGCAACGAGUUUAG